UGCCCCCGCCGCUCGCCCGCCGGCCGCGCGCGGUUGUCCUGGAGAGCGACGCGAAGGCUCGGCCUCAACAGACCUCGGAUUCAGGCAUCCCCAGGCUGCGCCCCAGGGUCUUGUAUCUUCUUCCCGCCCGGACGAGGGUCCCAGAGGCGCCAGCAUGUCCAGCGAGCCAAGCGCGCCGGGAGGCUCACCCAGGACCCCUCGUCCUGGGACCCAGAAGUCGUCCGGUUCGGCGACCAAGAAGGGGGAGCGCUCGGUCAAGGAGAAGCCGCCGGCCGUGCUGCCGCCGGUGGGCGAGGAGGAACCCAAAAACCCCGAGGAGUACCAGUGCACAGGGGUCCUGGAGACUGAUUUCGCGGAGCUCUGCACGAGACUGGGCUACACAGACUUCCCCAAAGUUGUCACCCGCCCCCGCCCCCACCCGACCUUCACCGCCUCGGCCUCCAUGUCAGAAAAACCCACCUCAGACGACCAGCGACUGUCGGCGUCCUGCAGCCUCAACAGCCUGGAAAGCAAAUACGUGUUCUUCCGGCCCACGAUCCAGGUGGAGCUGGAGCUGGACGACAGCAAAGCGGUGAAGGAAAUCUACAUCCGCGGUUGGAAGGUUGAGGACCGGAUUCUGGGUAUCUUCUCCAAAUGUCUGCCCUCGCUCAGCCAGCUGCAGGCCAUCAACUUUUGGAAGGUGGGGCUGACCGAUAAUACCCUGACCACCUUCAUCGCCCUCCUGCCUCUCUGUUCAUCCACGCUCAGGAAAGUGUCUCUGGAGGGGAAUCCGCUGCCGAAGCAGUCAUAUCACAAGCUCAUGGCGCCGGACAGCCCGAUCGCCCACCUGUCUCUGCGGAACAACAACAUCGACGACCACGGGGCGCAGCUGCUGGGCCAGGCGCUGUCCACGCUGCACAGCUGCAACCGGACCCUGGUCUCGCUCAACCUGGGCUUCAACCACAUCGGGGACCAGGGCGCGUGCUACCUGGCAGACGGGCUCCGGCUGAACCGCUCGCUGCUCUGGCUGUCCCUGGCUCACAACCGCAUCCAGGACAAGGGCGCUCUGAAGCUGGCCGAGGUCCUGCGUCCCUUCGAGCUGACACACACCGAGGUGGUGGAGCGCCGGCGCCUCCUGCUGGAGAAAGGGACGCAGGAGCGGUCGCGAUCGCCCUCCUCCUCUCGACAUGGGGACUUCAAAGCAGACCGUGACAAGGCUCAGGCGCUGGGGAUGACCUCUGUUGCAUUGAUGGACAAGUCAGAAAAGAUGCAGGCAAUGAAAGCCCCAAAGGGCCUGAGCAAGAAGAAGGAGAAGCCAGGGGAAGUGGUCAAGAAGGAGGAGAAGUCAGGGUCUGGACAGUCGCCCACACAAGGAGCCCCCAAGAAAGAAGACGCUGCCAAGUCAGGCAAGGGGAAGGUCACCAUCCCUGAGCAGAAGCAAAGCAAGGGGAAAGGGACCAAGGUGGGGAGCAAGGAGAAGCGCAGCAUUCUUCUGGAGUCCGAGCAGCUGGUUGCUGAAACUACUGAGAUGAUCAACCCUCUCCUGGAGCCCGUCGAGCACCGGGAUGGGAAGGUUUUUAUGCCUGGGAACAAGGUCCUUUUGCACCUCAACCUCCUCCGAAACCGCAUCACAGAGGUGGGGCUGGAGGCCUUCCUGGCCACAGUGCAGUACCAGGUGCAGUUCAAGUCCAAGAGCAUGUCCAAGGGCCCAGUGGGGCUGCUGUGGCUGUCUCUGGCGAAAAACUGCUUUGACCCACAGUGUCCCAUGUAUACUACGAUCCAGGAGCUGAUGCUGCCAAGAGACCCCAUCAAGACCAAGAUCAGGGAGGAGGAGGUGGUGGCUUUCCCUACCUAGCCCUGCUCCGCAGUCUUCCCCGAGCCUCGGCCACAGAAGCACCUCCUGGCCCUGUGUGGACUGACCUCUCCAGGGGAGACCUGGGACCACUAACAGUCUAUUGCUGUACUUUUCUUUGACAUUGUAAACUUUGUUCCAGAAAUACUCAGAAUCAGAACAGUGA